AUGGCCGACACUGGACUUCCAGCAGGAUGGGAAGUUCGCCAUUCCAACUCCAAGAACCUUCCCUACUACUUCAACCCCUCUACAAAGGAAUCCCGCUGGGAACCACCUGCUGAAACAGAUACCGAGAAGCUCAAACUCUACAUGGCGCAAAACCACACCCCCGCAUCCCAUCCUGAUGCCUCAGGCGAAGGCGAGGGCAAGAUUCGCUGCAGCCACCUGCUCGUCAAGCACCGCGACAGCCGUCGCCCCAGCAGCUGGAAGGAGGCAGAGAUCACUCGCUCGAAAGAGGAGGCAAUUGAGAUCCUGAAGGUCCACGAGCAGCGAAUCCAGUCCGGAGAGACCUCACUCGGUGACCUUGCAGUCUCGGAGUCCGACUGCAGCAGUGCUCGCAAGAAGGGAGACCUUGGCUUCUUUGGCCGCAGCGAGAUGCAGAAGGAGUUCGAAGAUGCCGCUUUCGCCUUGCAGCCUGGCCAGGUCAGCGGAAUUGUGGAGACAGCUUCUGGAGUGCACCUCAUCGAACGAGUCCAAUAA